AAAACAGUUAUAUAAAAUAGCAAAACAUAAGCGGGGAUCCAACAGUUACCGGGCACGCGGCCAAACAUUCGAGCCGGCCAGGAGCGGGGAGGGCGCGAGGAGAGAAGAGGGUUGUUGUCAGAUGCACACCCACGUGGGCUGGAGGUUACCUGGACUCGUCGCUGGUCCUGGGGCUGCGUGACAUCUGGAACGGGGACGUAACCGGGCGAGCAAUUGGAAUAACAUCCUCUUCGUGAAAUAGCUUGACAGCCAAACGUAUAAACCUUAACUGUGACCGGGUGGUGAAAAAGGGGAACCGGAAAUUAAGAGGAUGUUUAGAAUGUGAUAUCGGCAGAGUCAAUUAUCAAGACACGUCGGCUUCAGUUUAGCAGGGCAGCCAAUUACUUAGACAUUCCAGAGUGGAAUAGCUAAGGCAGUCGGAUAUAAAGACCUAAACGCAGACCGGUUAAGAAUAGGGUACGGAAAAAUGCGUAAGGCAAUUAGAGAUCAACGCAGCCAGACAGCCAAUUAGCAAGAUUCUUCGCGCGGUGAAAUAGCCUGCCAGCCAGAUAUAGAGACUCUCACAGCAGCCUUGCCGGGGAUGGUACCGCAGAGCAACGCAACCAAAGACGUCGGCGCAGCAGAGGCGGGUGCGAAAAGCGAGAGAGAGGGAGGAAAAAAUCUGAAGGAAUAAAAAAUUCACAGCGCCGUCCGCGCGCAGCGAGCGUAGUCGCGCGCAGCGGACUCGGCGAAACCUCGCUCCGAGUCGACGAGCGGCGAGAGGAGGCGGCGGUGGCCGUGGCGAUGGCAGGUGGAGACGCCAGGGAUUAUCUGGCCCAGCGUCAGAUCCCACAGCUCUUCGAGAGCAUGCUGACGGGUCUCAUUCAAGCCCGGCCCGACGACCCCGUGGGUUACCUGGAGAGCUACCUGCGGCGUGCGCGAGAGGCGAGCGGGAGCACGGCGCAGGGCGGAGCGAGUUCCGGCGGUGGCGGUGGAAGCCCCGGGGCCAUCGGCGGCCAGGAGGCCCCGGAGAAGCGCUGUCUGCCCCCUCUGCACGGCAGCCAAGCGCCCAGGAAGCCCUUCCUACGCAACGAGGCCCCCGUGGCCGGGCUGCGUGGCUACCGCCGGCUGCCCCCGAUCCAGCAGCAGUUCUCCAUCGAGAGCGACACGGGGCUCACGGAGACGAGCGAACUCUCGCAGGAGCUCGACGUCUUCGAGCCCGGCCACCCGCGCCCGAAGGUCGUCUUCGUCAUCGGUGGACCGGGCAGCGGCAAGGGCACGCAGAGCCGCAAGCUGAGCGAGAGCUACGGGCUGGUGUGCGUGUCGCUUGGGGAGGUGCUGCGCCAACACGUGCUGCAGAGAGCGCCCAGCAACCGCAAGUGGAGGCUCAUCGCCCAGAUCAUAUCCAAGGGGGAGCUCGCUCCACAGGAGACGGCAAUUUGGGAACUGAAGCAACACUUUCUGCAGAACCCGGACGCCCCCGGCUUCGUUAUCGACGGCUUCCCCCGAGAGAUUUCACAAGCUCUGGCCUUUGAGGAGCAGGUGGGAGCCCCGGACGCGGUGAUCUUGUUGGCGUGCGCCAGCGAGCGUCUCCGCCAGCGCCUGGGCGAGCGCGCCGACCGGCACGGUCGCCCGGACGACAACCCUCGCGCCGUGGAGCGCCGCCUCGCCACCUUCCGCCAGCACACCGUGCCACUGGUCCAGCACUACCAGGAGCGCGGCCUGCUCCUCACCUUCGACGCCGACCGGGAGGAAGGGGAGCUGUUUGGCGACAUCGGCGCGGCGGUGGAAUCGCGUCUCUUCUGCAGCACGACUCCUGCGGCUGGGCCCAGCGAGCUGGACUUGAGUCUGAUCGGCGAUGGCGGUGACUUGCACAGCUCCCCAACACACAGCGUGCAGCAGGUUCGCCGGGCGUCCUUUGACAGGGGAGGCAUGGAUUCUUCAGAUAACAAGCUGAAGAAAAGCAAGAUCGUGUUUGUUGUGGGCGGGCCCGGCUCGGGAAAGGGCACGCAGUGCGAGCGCAUCGUGGGGAAGUAUGGCUUCACGCACCUAUCCACGGGCGACCUGCUCCGCGCGGAGGUGACGUCCGGGACGGAACGCGGCCAGCGCCUCAACGCCAUCAUGUCCCGUGGCGAGCUCGUGCCCAUGGAGACAGUUCUGCAGAUGCUGAAGGACGCCAUGCUCUUCAAGGUGGAUUCGGCGAAGGGCUUCCUCAUCGACGGAUACCCCCGAGAGCUCAGCCAGGCCGAGGCGUUCGAGAAAAAGAUCGCCAUUCCCAAGUUGGUGCUCUACAUCAACGCGUCGUCGGAGACGAUGAUGGAGAGGCUGAUGAAUCGCGCCAAGACGAGCGGCCGGGCCGACGACAAGGCUGAGACGUUCAAGGCACGACUGCAGACGUACUAUGAGGCGACGGAGCCCGUGGUGCAGCGCUACGAUAGCAAGGGGCUCGUCAAGAAGAUCAGCGCUGAGGGCACUGCGGACGAAGUGUUCAAGUUGGUUUGCGAAGCCCUGGACUCGUUGAAAUGAGCACCGCUUGUCACGGAGCGACUCCAGCCCGCACGCCAAUCACUAUCGACGCCCCGCCCCCCGGCCCGUCCCCCCACCCCCCCCGGCCCCUCCCCCCGUGACGCUCGACAUCACGUGCUGCUGUUGAGUACGACGCGCGUUUUUGAAAUCGAUAGCCAUCAUGUGCACAUCUGUGUCAUAGAGCUGCGAGUUUAACAUUUUUACUGAAACGUUUUGAUCGUGCACUUAAAAAGAAAUAAUUUUAUCUCCCGUAGAUGCUAAAAGUGUGAAAUUGGGAUUCCGGACGCUUCGAUUACCCCUGCCCUUCGUGUUUUUUUGCAGGUUUCCACCCGUGAUGUUGAUGCCUCCAUACUGGCAGCGUGUAAGUGCUAGGGUGCAGUGUGUUGGUGACAAAGUGCGUCAGUGCCUGGCGGUAUUUUAUUGUAAAUUAGAUUAUUUCGCAGAGUUUUCUUGCACCAGUGUGAGAUAACUUUUAAGAGCUGGAGACUGCAUGCUCCAUUUAUUAACGUAAUAAAUUAUGAAAGGAAAA